AUGGCGAAUCCCUCGUCAUUGCCGUCUUCCAGUCAUCAUCGACCGCCAUCUGCUUUCCAAUGGCCUCUUCCUCCGCAGUCAGAGUUGGAACUCACUAUCAAGGAAAUUCUAGAUGUGUAUCAACAUGAUCCCGAGUUAUUAAAACUGGUGCUUUCGGCCAAAGCGGAAGAAGACAAGAAACUAGCAGCGCGUAACACGCUUCAAGUAGAACAGGCACGCAUUCAACAAAGAGUGAUGGAUUUGGAUAUGCUUCGAGUGUAUCAUCGAUUACCAUCUAGCAUGAUUGAGAAUGGCAUUCAACAACAGCAACAACAACAUGCAACAGCAACGACAACGACAACAACAGCACAUCCACAUCCACCGCCUGGUGCGGUGGUCUAUGCACCAUUGCAGCAGCAGGUGAUUGCUCGUAUUACCGAAGCUCAUUCCCCCGUGGGUGCUUAUCCACAUUCGGCCCAUCCGCUGUGUUCCGAUUAUGCACGUUACCCACAGCAACCACCUCCUCCGCAACAACAACCACCCACCACCGCCACCUCCCAACAACAACAACAACAGCACAGAGCACCACCACAACAACAAUCAUCAUCCACAUCAAGAUUACUCUCAAAGGAUAACUUAUCUACUACCACUACAACAACAACAACAUCAUCACCUCCAUCCAAGAAACGACCUCGAUCGAGUAAUGAAAAGAUGUCUCAUGACAUGGUGAUGGAAGCUCUCAAGGCUAAAUUACAGCGUACUCAACAAGCCGAGGCUGCCGAAAAGAAAAAACGAGCACGGACGUUACCUAAACCUUUGGUUACGGUUGUCAAGCAACAACAACAACAGCAACAACAGCAAUCGGAUAGUGCAAGUGAAUCUCCUAUCAUGCCAUCUCCUCGAUCUGCCAAGCCGGUCUUGCCUCCAAUCGACACCAGUGUUGGUCGACUUCAAGCUUCACGUGGCCCAAUGUCAUCACCCUAUAUUCAACGUCUCCCACCUUUUUCUGCUGCCAUUGCUCAAAAGAAUAAUCAUCAUCACUAUCACCCAUCCCAUUCUGAUACCACAAAGCGUCGCGUCCGUUCCUUAUCACCACCACCCUUUGCUAAUGCUCAUUAA